AUGGCGUCUUCUUCAAAGCAAAAUCCUUCGUCUUCCAGACCCCCAAGGCACCCUUUUCCGGCCACUACCUCAAUUCCCACGAAACCCGGUGUAUCGGAAGAAUCCCAAUUUCGAAUCCCUAACCACCCUACGACAAGCGCCUCACCGUCGACGUCGAAUUCACCGAUCUCGAUGGCAGUGGAGGAUCAGAUCCUCGGACUUUCCACUCACCUCACCCGCCCGGAGCUUCUCCGACGGCGAUCGCACAAUCUGAAGCAGCUCGCUAAAUGCUAUCGAGACCAUUACUGGGCUCUAAUGGAGGAUCUCAAGGCGCAGCACAGAGAGUAUUACUGGAAGCAUGGUGUUAGUCCUUUCAAAGAGGAUAAUCAUCAACAUAACAAGAGACGUAGGAUUGGGAUUGAGGGAGAUGAAAUUGCCGUCGAAGGUAGCGGCGACAACGAUCACAACAAUGGUGGCGUUAAAGGUGAUAUAAAUCUCAAAGGAGGAAACUGUGUGGCUUGUGGUAACGGAUGCAAAUCCAAGGCUAUGCCACUCACCAAUUACUGCCAGCUUCAUAUUCUCUCCGAUAAAAAACAGAAGCUUUACACGUCUUGUACUUACGUCACUAAAAGAGCUCAGUCAAAAGCAAUAACAUGUCCAAAACCAACACUUGCAUCGACUGUUCCCGCCCUGUGUAAUGUGCACUUCCAGAAAGCGCAGAAGGAUGUUGCUCGGGCUUUGAAGGAUGCUGGUCAUAAUGUUUCUUCAGCAAGCAAGCUUCCUCCGAAACUUCAUGACAUUGUAGCCGCAUUUGUGCAUCAUAUACAAGCAAAGAGAAAAGAUCCAGGGAGGGAGGGCAAGCUAAUAAGAUCAGUAAAAGAAGAAAAUACAAGCUGA